AUGGCAGAAAUGGAAGGGGUCAAGCAAGUGAUGAGAGAGGAAGAAGAGGAAGAAGAAGAAGAACAUGAGGAAGAAGAGGAAGAACAAGAAGGGGAUAUAGUCUCAGGGCCAUGCUACCAGGUCAACAGUGCCGUCACUCUCCAGCAAUCGGACCUCUGCGAAAUAUACACAUGUCUCCAUUGGAGAGGGAAAUCCGAGCACACGUGCUGGUCUUACCUCGAGAUCAAACAGAUGAUCGGCCACGCCAGCCUCAAGCUCGACAAAGACGAAUAUCAGCAUCUAGACCUCAAUGGCGUGAUCAUGUGCUUGCUCGACGAAGAGGAUGAUCUCACGAAAGCUGUGAAGGUUGUCGCUGAGCAUAGCAAGGAUAAAUUUGUGGAAUGGAUCUCAUCCCUUUAUAAACGUGGUGUGGAACCUUAUGCUGAAGAAACGAAGUCAGUAUCAUCACUACGUCUUGUGACAAAUUCCUCAACUGAUUGGGCAUCUAGUUUGGCUAAACAGCAAGACGAUGAGUUAGCCGCUCGGCAAGAUGCCAUGGGGACACCGGCUGCGAAAAGACGCCGGAUCGGUGAGUUCAAUUCGAUUGCCGCAGUGUUGGAGGGAAAAUCUAGCGGGAGUCAAGGUGGACAGGGUCAAGGCGGAAGCAAGUAG